GUAACGCUAUUACAGCACCAGCGUCCUGGGUUCAAUUCUGACCGCUGUCUGUAAGGAGUUUGUACGUUCCCCCUGUGUCUGCGUGGGUUUCCUCCGGGUGCUCCGGUUUCCUCCCACAUUCCAAAGACGUACGGGUUAGGAGCUGUGGAUUUUGGCGCCGGAAGCAUGGUGACACUUGUGGGCUGUACCCCAGCAAGUUCUCGGGGCCUACCGCUACGUUUUUCAGGUAGCUGAAAGCUGCUCUUGCUUGUACUUGUAAACAUUUUCUUUGGAAAAGACGAGGCUUUUCACUCAAAGUAAUCGCUGCUCAUUGCAAAAUCGGGAGUGGACUGGAAAGCUCGCGAAUGAGUUGCUGGAACAUUGUGCCGACACUUCGUUGCAAAUAGAGAAUAGGGAAGUUUGACUUCCUGCUCAGCAAGGCCAUUGAACAGGUACAGCCUUUAGCGUGAAAUUCCUGGUUCAUCAUGGCAGCUAUUACAACAGUUUUAGCAUUAUUUAGCAUAUCAUUAGGUGUGUGUUUAUCUACUAAAAUCAUAGAAGUUCCAAAAAAUGCCUUUGCUUUGCUUCACGCUGAUGCCGCGUUCAACUGCACAGUAUCACUACCUUGGAGAAUUAUCAUCUGGUUAAUGGAUACAAUACCCAUCCUCACCAUUGUACCAGAUGGACCAAUUAUUACAGACUCUCGAUUUCAUCAACGGAAUUACACAACUAAGAGAACAUUUACUUCAGAACUUAUCAUCUCACCAGUGACCAUGAGAGAAAACAUGACAGUGAGGUGUAGCCUCCAAACCGAAGAAUAUCAACAGGCAUUUUUGUUUGUACAGGUUGAUGGACCACUAUUUUUUGUGAAGGAGAUUUCGUCUGUUGUGGAAAACCGUGCCACAGACAUCGUCUGCAAGGCAGAAGGCUGGAAUCCUGUCCCAACUAUCAGGUGGAAAAAAAACCGAACAGUUGUGGAUUCAAAAAUGUACACCACUACCAUCGAACAGUCUUCAGACAAUCUCUACAAUACCAUCAGCACUUUAAACCUCACCCUUAGUGCCAAUGCCGAGAUUAUGUGUCUGGCUGACAUUGAAGCUCUUCCUCAGCCUAAAACUGCUGCACUAUUCAUCACUGUGAAGUCACCUAGUGAGGAUCAGACCUGGCUAAUUAUUGCCAUUGUGGUGCCCAUCGCUGCGGCCAUCCUGCUUAUAAUACUCAUCAUUGUGAUUAUUAUCUGCAUAAAACGAAGAAAGCACCAUGAAACUAGCUAUCGGAAUGAGUUAAAGAGAAUGUCAACGAAGAAACCUUUCAAGAUAACCACAGAUGGUGUGGAAAACCUCGGAAUGUCUACUGGAAGUGUAAAUGAUCUCCAGCGUUCUCCAAGUUUAACUUCACCUUAUUGGAUUAAUACAUGGUCUGGAGAAAAGAACAACGAUACCGUGGAGGCCCCUACGAUUCCAGCUGUUGAUUAUGGAAUCCAGAAGGAAACACCAAAUCAACCUAUGGAUUUUUCCUCUUCCCCACGGAAAACCAGACAUGUGACUGCUGUGUGAUGAGCUGGAUUGUGCCUUUGAGGAAUUUAUGUAUAUAAUGGUUUUAUUGGUAUUUUAUUUUGCAAUAGAAAUCAAAACUGCAUUGGAAGCAUUUUGAAUUUGUAUGUUCCCUGAUCAGAGGACUCACUCAUUACUGGGAAAAGAUUGAUUGGUUGAAACAGAUGGAAUCCCAAAUAGUGCAAAAUGAAUUAAGGAGCUGUGUGCCAUGCCUAUUUGAUAGAAAUGAAACUAAACUCAAGGAUGGGGAUUUCUUUCCUCUCCCACGAGGAGUUUCACAAAUGAAGGAUGAAAUCUGCUUCUUAUUGCUUGUACUCAUUGGAGUAUAAUUUAUUUAAAUUGCUCAUAAAUCACUGCGCACUGGUGCUGAGAAAAAGAGAUUAAGGUCGACCUGGCACCUUCACUUCCGCAUUCACUUGCAUGGUCCCCUUGUACCGUCACACUGCCAGUUUGGUCUCUCCUCCCGCAGAACACUGGAAGGAGGAAUGUCGUCUCUGCCUUUUAUUCCUGCCUCCACGUCACUCCAGAUCAGGUUGACUCCCUCCGUCUCUGUGUCACCCUGCCACUGACAUUCAAUCUCCUUGUUCUAUUUAUCACCAUGACAACAAACUUUGGCUGCACUUACUCCUCUGUCCCUCCCAUUGCCAGCAGUAACCUGAUGCAGGGACUGCCUUUCUAUAAGU